AAACGCAUUUUGUUGAGGAAACAAGCAAGAACACCAAGUGAGGUUUUGGCAAAGAAGAAGUCGAGCGAGACCCAGAAAUCCCUCUGUUGCGGCAUUUAUUUUUACUCUGAUUCAGGAAUGUCACUGAGCUAAUUCGCAAGAAGAGUUACGGAAUGCUGAACAAUCAAAGAGUUCUGUAAACAGUUAACAGUCACAGCCUGACUUUGAUGUUAGACAUUUUUUUUUGAACUGUUUCAGAAGAAGAGUCAUAAAUAAAUGGGAUCAAAAUUGCAAAUAGAAGCAGAUGAUUCAGUGCUUUUGCGUGUUACUCACUCUAAUCUCAAGAGUUUCUCUGCUGAUGUUCGCUUCUCCCUUCAGUCUACGGUGGAAUCUGUGAAAGAUAAACUAUGGAAAAAAUGUGGCACAUCAGUUAAUUCAAUGUCUUUAGAGCUUUAUGAUGAUACCAAAUCCAAAAUUUGUGAUUUAAGUGAUGAUUCAAGACAUCUUGGUUUUUAUUCUCCUCUUGAUGGGUAUCGGAUACAUGUGAUAGAUCUUGAUCCUUCAUCAGUGACCUCAGGUGGGUGGCUUGAAGAUACUUCAUUAGUUGAGAAAUAUACUAUAUCCGACGAGGCCUAUGCGAAACGAGAUGGUACUUAUAGAAAAUUUAAGGAAAAAUUUGUUUCUCAAAAUCCAUCAGCUUUUCAGCCUAAGAUAGCUGAUAACUUUAUGGAAGACCUAUGUGCUAAUAUCAAGGUUGGAGAUAGAUGUGAAGUUGAACCAGGGGGGAAAAGAGGGGUUGUCAAAUUUGUUGGUCGAGCAGAAUCUCUUGCACCAGGCUUUUGGGUUGGAGUUCAAUAUGACGAACCAUUGGGAAAACAUGAUGGCUUGGUGAAAGGAGUACGCUACUUCGAUUGCCCUGCACUUCAUGGUGGAAUAGUCAGGCCUGACAAAGUAAAGGUUGGUGAUUAUCCAGAAAGGGAUCCCUUUGAAGAUGAAGAAAUAUGACUGCAGAUGCAAUUACGUAAUCUGUAUGUUCUUCAAUCCUGCAAUUUGAGCAUUAGAUUGAUCUUUUGAGUGCAAUUAAGCAAUCACAGAUUGAAAGUCAACAAUGUUUAAUCUAUAAAAUUGAGGGAGGAGUUUAUUAUCUAUUUUAUCUGAAUCCAUGGAUGAUGCCUCAGCUAUACAAGGUGAAUCCAAAUCCAAUUUAUUUUCCACA